GUCAAAGUCGACCACCAUCCGCCACCCACUAUGGCUAGCCUUCCUGAUGAAACUCUUCGCAAGAUCCUAGUGCAAAUUCAGCAAACCGCCGUCCAGUCACAACGGGCUUUAAAUGUAUCUCGACAGCAGAUAGCGGCCAGGGAGCGGGAACGACGGAUCCUCCAGCUUACGAUAGAGGAGAUUACUUCGUUGGAGGGAGAUGUCAAUCUAUACAAGGGCGUUGGAAAGAUGUUCAUGAUGGUCCCAAGACCGACGAUGGAGAAGGAACUUAAGGCAGAGGAGAAGGAGCUCACGGAUGACAUCAACAAUCAAAACAAGAAGUCGAAGUACUUGGAGAAGCAAUUCAACGACGCCCAGGCGCAACUCCGAGACAUUUUCCAAAGCACGUCUCAACAACGUUAACCGAUACUCUGUACCCAUGCCUGCCACAUUAGCCUUCAUCAAGCUGUAUUGUAUAGUGUCUCCUAUACCCAGUCAGUGCUCUGUACCUGUAAGGUCUUCCUUGUUCCACCUCGCCUGUAUCGGUGUCUACAGUGGCUGCCAAAGUGAUGUAUAGCAUGAAAAUAAAAGGCCAGAGGUACGUAACCGGUGACCAUGACUCGUGCAUUCAUUACAGGGCUUUAUCAUAUUCUACGCAUUUCUACGUAUGCAGCAGAUGCCAGAGACAUGUGCGACAGUUCGUUCCUCUCUCAUCCAACUCAAUUGUAAACGUACGCAAUAUAGAUGGUCG